GACAGAGCAUCAUGGCGAUUGACGGAGGGGGGAGGAACUGUGGUGUUCAUGAGCUCAUCUGUGCCAGACGAGUCUCUCCAGAGCUGCUCGGUGUCCUGUCUUCCAUCGCAGCCUUCAUGGCAUUGAUGGCUCUGUUUUUUCUGUACCUCAGCAACAAGCUGUCAGUGGAGAGUCCUGACGAUCUGUCACAUCUCAGCGACUUUAAAAACAACCAGCCAGAGGGAGUUUUAUCAGACAGCGAGGAGGACAAAGGGCCCGAGGCGACGGCCCAGCAGAACACAACAGCGUCUGUGUGGAGCAGCAAACGCAAGCAGUCCACUGAGCUGGGAGGAUACAGCAGUGAGGCCUCCAGUGAGCGGGCAGCAAACAGCAUCCAGAGGAUAAAGAACGACUCCUCCCUCAACGAGCACAAGCCUCCUCCUUAUCAGGAUGUCAGCUCGUCGGGCCGCCUCUCCUCUCGGUCCCGGCAGGAGCGAGGGGUCAGGAAAGGGUCGUCCCAGCAGCGCUGUGACAGUCCCCGCUGCUCCAGCGAGGCCAGCGUGGAGCAGGACACCGAGAGCUACCUCAACAAAGGCUGUGAGGAGGACAUACCCAGUGACAGCACGGCUGUGCUGGGACCAGAGGAUGGCUCCGGCCCUCCGCUCCCCACGGCCUACGAGCCAGAGGCCCUCGGGAAAUACGGCACGCUGGACGUUGCCUUCGAGUACGACUCCAGCGAGCAGUGGUUGGCCGUCACGGUCACCGCGGCGACAGACAUUCCUGAACUCAAACAGACGGGUAACAUUGCGUGGCAGGUCCACCUGGUCCUGCUGCCCACUAAGAAGCAGCGGGCCAAGACGGGCGUGCAGAAGGGCCCGUGUCCUGUUUUCACCGAAACCUUCAAGUUUUCCAGGGUGGAACAGGAGGCCCUCGGGGACUACGCUGUUCGAUUCCGGCUGUACAGCAUCAGGAGGAUGAAAAAAGAGAAAGUCCUGGGGGAGAAGGUGUUCUACCUGACUAAGCUCAACCUGCAGGGGAAGAUCGCUCUUCCUGUCACCCUGGAGCCAGGCUCUGAACUCACUGGUUGUGGCUCCAUGGUGAGCGUGUCUCGCAGCGCAGGAACCGUGUCCUAUCGCUCCACAGAAGACACCUCGCUGCCUGAGAUCCUCCUGGGUCUCAUUUACAACUCUGCCACGGGACAGUUAUCUGCUGAGGUCAUCCAGGGAAGUCACUUCAAAUCCUCAGCGUCGGACAAACCCGUCAAUGGUCUGUUCUGUUGUGUGAAACACUUUGUAGGGGGACAGCUUUAUAUCAUGAGAGACACUUAUGUGAAGCUCACCAUGCUGGAUUCUAAGGGGAAAGAGAUGUCCAAGUGUAAGACAGCUGUUUGCCGAGGACAGCCCAACCCCACAUACAAGGAGACGUUCGUGUUCCAGGUGGCUCUGUUCCAGCUGUCUGAGGUGUCGCUGGUGCUGACGGUGUUCUGCCGCCGGAGCAGCAUGAUGCCCAGAGAGAGGGUGGGCUGGGUCUCCCUGGGCCUCAACAGCACCAGCGAGGAACAGCUGGCCCACUGGACGGAGAUGAAGGAGGCAGAAGGACAGCAGGUCUGCCACUGGCACACACUCACGGACACAUAGGAGGAAGAAGGAGGAAGAGUGAACUUACAUUCCCUGCAGAGGCAGAGUUUUAGGGGAGCAAGGAUGCACUUUUUCAGAUGUGUGAUGUGUGUUCGUGUGCUGCAGACAGGUGUGAGGACAGGCGUGGGUUCCCAGUCUUCACUGCCAAAGACUGCGUGACUACCCUUUAAUCUGCCGCUUUUCUCGGAGGCAGAAGGACUGAUUUUAUUCGACGAGGUGUAAACUCCAGCUCCAGCCUUUUCACGAAAUGCAAACUGAAAUCUAACAAGACUGUAAUCACUGAACAGAGGGUUUGUCUUCCAGUAAAUCUGCCUAAAGCAAAAUCUGCAUGUUACACUUACUGUUUACAGGACUAUUAUAAAACUCUCAAGCGUUUUCUGUCUCUGAAUCUUGGACCAAAGAGCUCGGUCCAGGACCAGCAGACUUCUCCCUGAUUUUCAGGGCUUCUCUGGACUUCAGCUGCCACCAGCAUACCAGACAUUUCUCUAUCAGUCACAGCCAUUGACCAAGGAGGAGGCAAUGAGAAGACUGUUACCAAGGGCCUAAAACAUGCUGCAACUAUGCUUACAAGCUAUGCUUUGUACAGUUUGUUUACAUGCACAUGACAUUAUGCAAGUUCCAUUCAUUCGUAUCUUUUUUUGUUGUUGUUGUUUAAAUGAUCAAAUAGUUUUCCAGUUUUCUGUCUCUCUGUGGUAUGUGUUACACAAAGACUGCUUCUUUUUUGUAUUGUACUCUUGCAUACUUCAGUACACUAUGCAUUAGACGCCACAAAAUGAGAGGAAUGAAAUCCUGUCUUGAAUUGGACACAGCUCUGCAUGCCACUGGUAUCAAAGAGCAGCUUCCUUUCCGUGUAUAAUACAGAUUGAGCCUCUCUCACCAUUCAGCCUUUCUGACAACUCAGCCAUGUUCAUUCAUGUAGAAACACGGUGCUUCCCGCUGAGGAGGAAUAUGCAACAGCCUGCACAGUCCAAUAAAACCUGGAUGUUUUGUGGCGGUGACAGCUGCGGCUGUGCUUCGCUGUGGAGUGAGUCGGAGUGGCAAAAAUACAUUUGCAGGACGGAAGGGUAAAUCAUAUUUUCUCAUUACAAGUGAAUGGAAGA